UUUUUGUUUUUUUCGCCUUGCUACGUCCACCGUAUCGCAAACUUGGUGAUCCAAAUAAAACUAAUUUUAUAAUUUAGUUACGAUGUCGCCGGAGGAAAGUAUAGAGAGAUUUAAACUCUUGGGUUUAAGCGAACAAAAGGCCAAGGAAACCUUAAAGAACGUUAAUGUUACGAAGAUAUUACUUGCCGCGCUCAAUGAGGUGGACAUUAAGUCACUUCCGUCCGGAGCCGGUAUGCUGAUCUACCAUCUGGCUACCAAAAUAAAGCCUCAAAUAGCCGGCCAGCUCGGGUUCGUCUGUAAAUACAUAUCUUCUGGGAAGUUGGACUCGACACUGAGGGUUGACGCGGCACUGGAGUACCUCCUGAGUCACGUAAAUGAGUCAAAAGUUGAUGGGAGUGCAUUUGAGAAAGCUUGCGGGGUCGGAGUGGUGGUUACUCCGGAGCAAGUUGAGCAGGCUGUGGAGAAACACCUGGCCCAGUACAAGCAGGAGCUGCUGGAGAAGCGGUACCGGUUCAAUGCGGGAGUGCUGAUGCAGUCUGUGAGGUCCGAUCUGCCGUGGGCUGACGGCAAGGCCAUUAAAAAUGAAGUUGAUGUACAGAUAUUAGAUUUACUUGGUCCUAAAACCGCUGCUGACCUGGCUCCACCCCCCAAGGUAGAAAAGAAAAGUAAAGGGGCUGACACUGGCAAGAAAACUAAAAAGGAGGAGAACAAAGCCUCCAACGCAGCUGCAAAUGAAUCUCAAGCAACUGGCGACCUCGGCGGAGCACUCUCUAUCUCAGAACUUAUGAAGAAGCUGCCAUUCCAUGCUCCCGGAGAGAAUUACAAAUCCGACGGCUAUGUGGUCACUCCUGAGACCAAGCGCCUACUCCAAGAACAUCUUAAGAUAACUGGAGGCAAAGUGAGGACCCGGUUUCCCCCAGAACCCAAUGGAAUUCUGCACAUUGGCCAUGCUAAAGCGAUUAACAUAAACUUUGGGUAUGCGGCAGCCCAUGAUGGAGUCUGCUUCUUGAGAUAUGAUGAUACCAACCCUGAAAAGGAGGAAGAAAAGUUCUUUGUUGGUAUCAAGGAUAUGGUGGAGUGGCUUGGCUACAAGCCCUACAAAGUGACCCAUUCCUCCGACAACUUCGACCAGCUGUACCAGUGGGCGGUGCAGCUGAUCCAGCAGGACCUGGCGUACGUGUGCCACCAGCGCGCGGAGGAGAUCAAGGGCUUCAACCCGCCGCCCUCGCCGUGGAGGAACCGCCCAGUGGAGGAGAGCUUGCAGCUGUUCGAGGACAUGAAAAACGGCAAAAUCGACGAAGGCGACGCCACCCUCCGCAUGAAGAUCACUCUAGAGGAAGGCAAGCAAGACCCGGUCGCCUACCGCAUCAAGUUCAAGCCGCACCACAGGACCGGCAGUAAAUGGUGCAUCUACCCUACGUACGACUACACGCACUGUUUGUGUGAUAGUAUUGAGCAUAUCACACAUUCGCUGUGUACUAAGGAGUUCCAGUCUAGGAGAUCGUCCUACUAUUGGCUGUGCAACGCGCUGGGCAUCUACUGCCCCGUCCAAUGGGAGUACGGGAGGCUCAAUGUCAACUACACUGUGGUCUCUAAGAGGAAAAUCGGAAAACUUAUCUCUGAAGGCAUUGUUAAUGACUGGGACGACCCUCGCCUCUACACACUGACAGCGCUACGGCGGCGCGGCGUGCCCGCAGCGGCCAUCAACAGCUUCUGUGCAUCCCUCGGGGUCACGGGGGCACUGGGCGCCGUGGACCCCACCAUGUUAGAUGCUGCUACGAGACUGGUGCUCAAUGUUAGCGCUCCUAGGGUAAUGGUAGUACUGGAGCCUCUGAAGAUCACCAUCACCAACUUCCCAAGUUCGAGUCCCAUUGAAGUGACUGUCCCCGACUUCCCAACGGAACCGGAGAGGGGGUCACACAAAGUUGUGUUGGACCGAGUGCUGUACAUUGAAGCUACGGACUUCCAAGAGAUUGCGGAGAAGGGGUACAGGAGGCUUACUCCGAACCAGAGUGUCGGGUUGAGGCACGCUGGUUAUGUGCUGAAGGUGAGCAAAGUGAUCAAGAGCAGCGACGGCUCGAUACAGGAGCUCGAGUGUACGGCGGAACCCUCCGACGCGGCCGACAAGCCCAAGGCUUUCAUACACUGGGUGUCGAACCCUAUUAGUGUUGAAGUGCGGCUUUAUGAGCUUUUAUUCAAACACAAGAACCCCGAAGACCCGUCCGAAGUCCCCGGCGGCUUCAUCACGGACUGCCGCGCGGACAGCCUGCGCGUGGCGCGCGCGGCGGCCGACGCCUCGCUGCGCGGCGCGAGCGUGUAUGACAAGUUCCAGUUUGAGAGAAUUGGGUUCUUUUCGGUGGAUCCGGAUAGCUGUGGCGAUAAGUUGGUGUUCAACCGGACAGUAUCGCUGAAAGAAGACACAGGGAAGUAGAUGAUGAGAUUUGUAAAUCGCCAUGUUGUUUUUAAUUACUUUUGUAAUAUUUAUAUAAAAAUAAAAUGAACCGGAAUUAUUUAUUACAAAUUUAUUGUA